GACAUCCCUUGGAGGCUUUGGAUGGCGUCCAUGUUUGUUUUCAUAGCGACGCUCAAUAGUAUCCAUGCAUAGGGCUCUUAGUAAUAUUACAUUGCUGGAAUCUUCAUUACAACAUUAUUUCUUGUUGAGCUGGUGAUGUCAGAAGAAGAAGGUGUUGAAGACUUAGAGGCUUCUGCCUCUCCUACACUGCCAGUAGUUUCCAUUGGUGGAUCAGGUGAAAAUGAUGAAGAUGACUCAGACAUUACCUUAUCAGAGGAUGAGGAGGACAUGGAGAAUGGACAUAUCUCAGAGCACAGACAGGCAAGCUCACCAGAUGAUGGUGCAUCACCACGCAGACAGUACAAAACUGUUAAUGGGAAAAAGCAUAUUGAUAUGACACCACCAGACCAGCUUCUGUCUACUGCACAGAAGAGAGCUAGGAAACUCAGUGUGUUGAGAAAGGCUGACAGAGCGAUUUAUGAAUACAUCCGCUGCACAGCCCUCACGCGUAUUGUUUAUGGCAGUUAUCACUGGAAGCUGGCAGAAAGCCAUGUUGACUUGGGAGAAGCCUAUCUUGACCUUAAAGGUUAUGCUUCUCAAGCUGAGUAUCAUGCAGAGACUGCCAAAAGCAUUAUGCUGCAUGGUGCCCAUGUAUCAGGAUCUGUUGAAGAAAAGGCCGAGAUUUACUCAGUCCUUAUCCGCAUGUACUACACUCUAGGUAGAGCAUGCACUGUGAUGAAGAAGUACAGUGAAGGAGAGCAAUACUUAAACAAAGCUGACCGCAUUGCACAGGAGCGAAGUCACCUGGACUGUGUCACCAACAAGGAAUGUGACAAGACUGAUAUUCAACUAUUUCUGGCUAUGGCAAGACUGUAUGGACGACAGAAGAAGCAUGCUCUAUCUAGUGAGAAAUAUGACAAAAGCAUCAGUUUAAUAGAGAAAGUGUAUGGUCCAGACAGCAUGCGACUAAUUGCUGUUUUGCAUGACUAUGGCAGACUGGAACAGAGUAAUGGUCGUUAUUCCAACCAUGAGAAAGCUAUUGGCCUCUUUCAACAAGCACAUGACAUAGCCACAGUUAAUUACAAGCAGGGCAGUAAGGAGACGGUCGAUACAGCCUUAGCGUUAGCACAGGCCUACGCUAAUACUGGACGAGAAGAGGCUGAGGGAUCAGCAGAAAGUUACUUAAACGAAUGCCUUGCUGUGUGUACAACUGUGCAUGGGCCUCACCAUCCCCGGUCUUUGGUGGUGCAGGAUGAGCUUGCCAGGCUCCUGAUUCGUACCAACAGGCAUGAGGAAGCUAUGGCCAUACUGAAGUCAAGCGUCAGUCCAAAGUGCCAGGUGUUUGGGGAUUACUCAGAACAGGUGUCAGACACCUAUAAACUAAUGGGCUCAGUCCAUCUUGCUCAAGGCAGCACUGAAAAGGCACUGCACUGCUACAAAAAAUGCUAUACUAUAGAGAAACUGGUGCUGGGCAAUAAACACAGGAAGACAAAAGACACACUGCGAACCAUGGAACUGCUUUUGUCGAGUCCAAGCAUGGCCAACAAGUUUGCCAUUCACAAAGAAGAUGAACUGUUGAAGCGGCCUCGCUUCAACAGCAUUGUAAACAGAACCACAGCUAUUGGUGGAUUUAAACCUCAGGUGUAAACAGGUCAUAGUGGCAUAAGAGUGAUGAUGGGAUGAAGUUUAGCAUUCUACAAGUUUACUAAAAGUCUCCAUGUUUUAUUUUCACUCAUUGCUAUGACUAAAAUCUUCAUUUUUUUUGGUAUUUGGCUUCUUGUCCAUUCUUCUUUAGUGAAUCUCUUAGUUGACAGCUACUUGAUGUUCUUGAUGGAAAUAUGUAGACUUAUUGGACUUAAACUUGUUUGGAGCCCAAUGGCACAUAUUUAUUGUACAUUGCCGGCGUUUGCUUCCUGUUCUUAUAUACUUUAUUAAAGGGAGACUUUUUUUGACACCAGCAAGAAAAUCCUAACAAAGUUUUUAAAGCAAUGGUAACAAUUUUUGUGCUUGGCUGUUUGGGAUAUUAUUGCCUUGUUUGCACCAUAUUGGGCACAAGGGUAUAGUCCUAGUCACCUAGCAAUACCUGUAAGAUUUGAGAAGUACAGCAUCUAUCAUAGAACUGGUCAACCUGUUUAAUUCACUUGAUCAUGACUUUUUUUAAAAAAUAAAUCCUCUGAGAAUGAGAUUUUAUUUAACCAGAUCGACUUUACAUUAAAUAUUUCAAGGUGGCGUAGUUGUUACUGUGUGGACAUGGUGUUAAUGUGACUAAUCCUGUUUCAAGCUUUCAUAGAGAAGGUUUAGUUCAGAUGUUACUUGGCUAAGUUUACCUGCUCACAACAUAACGAAGAUUCUGGUAAAAAGGGGUGUGUACAUACAAUCUGUCUUUGUCACUCAUAUGUACUCUGACAUAAAAGAUGAAAACCACGAGCCAAAAUUAAUUCGAAGAUUUUAUUUGGAAUGGUGGGUGGGCGAAGGUGCGUGACAACAUCAUGGAGGAAGAAAUACAUCAGGUCAGAAGUCAACAAUCAGUUCGGGCAAUGAACAAUAUCACUUACAUCAUAACGCUUCCCCCGGAAUCAGAAAUGAGCUUAAACCACCUUUUCUUUU